CUCUUCUCCUUCUACCAAGCCAAAUCUCGUCACUUGCGCUGCGACAAGGCCCAUGGAUUUUGUGUCGUCUCUACUGCUGAAACUUUCCUGGAUUCGCUCCAUCUCAGGCUUGCUAUUGCCUACCUUGACCAUUGGCCCCUUGGGUUAAGAGGUUUCAAUACCUACUUACAGGGGACCGCCCAUGUGCCGCGGGCACCGAUGACCACAUCCCGCUCGCAAUGAGCCCGCCUUCCCCCGCGAAGAAGAACGGCAGCAACAAUAUCUCCCAACCCAGGCAGAUUCGCUUCGUUUCAACAGAUGGACAGCCGCAGACAAAGCGGCGCAGAGUGACGGCGGCAUGUCGAACGUGUCGCAAGCGCAAGAUCAGGUGCUCUGGUGAGCAGCCAGUGUGCAAGACGUGCUCGGAUUAUGGCCAUACCUGCCUGGGAUACAACGACCCUCCGUCGCAGCCCCCCGCCGACAUCACUUCCCAAAGCGCGGCACCAGCAAGCCAUCCAGAGAACACGAAAACCCGUCCUCGAGCUCUAAGUGAUUCCCCUAGUGCGCUCAAACCAAGUGCACAGUCGAGUGGCCAGGAUAAACCACCUACUCUCCCGGAGGCUGCGGAGUCCAAGUCGGUUCCCUUGACAAAAGAGGUCCUCCCUUCCACCAGUAAGGACCAGAAUCAACCAGGAAGAGAAAGUCCUGAGAGCAAUCGCACGUCAAUAAGCUCAAGCAAUCGUACCCAUGUGCCCUAUUUCAGGUACUUUGGCCCUACGGCCAUUGUGCCAGGGUUCAAGCAAAUGGUGGUUCGUGUUCGCGAGUCUCGCAAGAGUAACCCUUCCAUGUCAUCGGACUCGGUUUCGCCCUUAGUGGGUUCAAAUCUUGAUGCGCCAGACGCCUCAUUAGCUGCGGCACUUGCCGACAUUCGCGAUUCGAACACUAUUCCAUUCUAUGAUCGCGACGACAAUCUGCCAGUUAGCAACCUCGUCAUACACCUUUGCGAGCUGUUCUUUGUGCAUCUGGGUUGCAGCUUCCAGUUCCUUCAGCGGGAUAGGUUCCUGCGAGAUCUCAAGGAAAAGAAGAUCGAUACCAUCCUCGUGGACGCGGUUUGUGCUCUAGCGGCGAGAUUCUCUCCGCAUCCCUUGUUGAGUCCCCCACGAGCGCGAUCGAUCGAUGGAGCAGAGCCUGAGAAUGACGUCAAGAAGUCAGAUCAUGGCCAGGCUUUUGCUCAUAGAGCAAUGAUGGCUUUGGUCGAUGCGCUGUCAUGCCCUACUCUCUCCGUCGUGCAGGCGUGUCUCUUGUUGGCUUACGAGGAAUUUGGUUCAAAUCGCGAUAGUGGUCUUUGGAUGUACCUUGGUAUAUCGAUUCGGAUGGCACAGGAUCUAGGGUUACAGAAGCUACAGGGGCUAAAGUACAAAUACGGACGAACAGGGUUGACCCCCAAAGCUAUCAAGACCGGACAAGCAGGGAAACUUAGUGAGGAACAAUAUGACUGUCCCGAUCCUCCCGAGAAACGCCAGGAGCAAGAUCCCGCGACAGCCGAUGAGCGUGCAAGGGAACGGGAAAGAGUGGAUACCUUUUGGAGUAUUUUCUUCCUGGACCGAGUUAUCUCGUCAGGGACUGGCAGGCCGGUAACGCUACGGGAUGAAGACAUUGAGCUAUACUUUCCCUUACAGUCAGACUGCGUGCUCCCGAAUGGCUGGCCGGCCCCCUUCCCGCCAUUGAUGCGCAUAAUACAUCUUUAUGGAAGAGUAACCGACUUGAUCAAUGCCAUAGAGGAGGUCAACCACGUCACGCCAGACACGCUGAAGCGUCUGGCUGGUAUGGAAAGUGACCUCACAGGUAUCUAUCAACGCCUAUCCCCAAGACUUCAUUUUAACGCGGUCAAUUUCCAAACUUAUGUUCGAGCUGAAGAGGGUACUAAUUUUAUUUUGCUUCAUUUCUGGUUUCACACGUUGAUUGUGCUAUUACAUCAACCGACUCUCCUAAGUUCUUUUGGAGGGCGAAUACAACAGCUAUAUCCGAAUAGCCGUGAGCUAUCGAUGUCGUCGGCGAAGACAAUAGCGGAUAUUCUGUCUUUUUCCGAACUGAUCGACGCAAAAAGCUUCAUAGGCAAUCCUUUCACCAGCCAGCCCAUGUACAUCGCCGCAUGUGCCUUCCUCAUGGAGAGUUCAUAUUAUUCAUCUCCAACAUCUAAAUCUGGAUCGUCACCUGUACAGCCGCUGUUGGCCAACCAAACUGCCAGCUUCCUCACACCCGGUAUCGAGAUUCCAAACGGACCAGAGCGGAGACUGAAUCCUAAACACAGUUUAUUGGCCUCCGCAGCAAAAGAAAACUACCAGAGAUGUUACAAGGCUCUCAAAUCCUUGGAGACUUACUGGGAAGGCACCAGGUAUAUUUUGACCGUGUUGGAUCAGAAAGCGAAAGGAAUAGGCGACCCUCAACUGUACACGGCUGAAGAGAUGGAUGGUGCCGGUGAUAUACUCUCACUCGCCCCAAGCGGUUGGCGAAAAGCGGCUACGCGCCAGAGCUCGAUAGAGCCACCUGCGAGGCAAGGGUAUUAUCCUUCUGCUUCUGGGCAGGAACUUGACGGCACGUCGGAAACGGCAGGGUCGCCUAGAUUCGAUCCUAGCCAAGCUAUCGGAUGGGCACUGACUGGCGCGACUAAUUCUUCGCAACCGAAUCUGAGCUUACUUUAUCAAAUGCCAAGCGCCCAAGCAAAUACGCUUUCAGCACAGGCAAACUACGGUCCUCAGUACAGCCAUAGCUACCCAACUGUCUCGCUUGAAGCGCAAGUUCCACAGAACAGCAGCCGUCUGCAUGCUGACAGCCUUCCUGCAUAUCCAUCAACAAAUCUACCACACUCGUCUGCUUUACCUGCAAAGGACCGGAAGUACCCUUCUCACACCACAGGAGGCGUAAAUAUAUCAGACGCUGACUUGCUUCUCGGCUUGAACACACCCUAUACCCCUUCUCAUUCUCGUGUCGCACGAAAUCUGCCCGCAACAUACAGUCAGAAUCUUGAGGCCCCGACAGUGGGCGUCUCAUCAUCCUAUCACUACGCUCCCGCAUCUGGGUCCGAAGGCGCCGACCACGACCCCCCAAACUGUAAUGCUAAUGACCAUGUUAGUCCCGGUGCAAGCGCACAAAUCGGCGAUAUGAUGAUUGGAACUCAGGACAUCGACAUGAAUACCCUGCAGAAUCAGGAGGCAUUCCCGUUUGCGUUCAAUGGCGAACUUCUCCCAUGGCUGGAGUACCUUCCGCAGGAUGUGCUCAGCUAUUUCGGGGAUCAUCAGACUUACAGUCCUCUGAUGAGUCCCCAAGAUAACGCUAAUAUUCCCAAUCAGCGUCCUCCACAGCGCUGACCCAGUCCGUUAAGUUUCUGUAUGAAAAUUCGAUCUUAUUGUUUCUACACGGGAGCUUUGGAUGAUGAUAUGUCAUUUUGCAAGCAGGCGAGCAUCUUCCCGGGCGUCUGGUGGGUUCUGAAGUCCAGUGUUGUGGAUGGAAUACAUAGGACUAGUCUACGCUCUACUUCUUUUUCUUUAUCUGGGGAACAUAUGUGUCAUGAAGCAAGCGAUGAGAGACGUCUACAUUUGGGGCUUUAUAAAAACAUGUUGCAUUUGAUUGAUAUUUUUUCUUAUACUUCAAGGGCCAGCAAUAGAUGUAUAGAAUGUCUUGGCCAAACAUGAGCAGCAAAAGCCCACCUAUCUUAUUAGCUAUUUUGGUCGUCUAUAUUAGAGGAUACUACGCGCAUACUAAUUUAUAUAUAUUGUAAUACAUACAUUGGGCGCGAAAGAUCACCACUGCAGCAACCGAGGGG